CUGCAGACUACUCCCAACUCCCAAAACCAGAAUUAAUUAUCUGACGGUGCAUGCCAUGCCCAUGACACCCCUCGAGUGCGACAUGGCCCCUGCAGCUUCUCGCCAGUCGUGGCCUCUUCCUCGCUGCGGCCUGCUGGUCUUGGCCCUUGCACUGGCGACGACCGCCGCGGUGGGCAGCGCGCAGCUGUCGUCGGAGAGCUACUACGACGCGUCCUGCCCCGCCGCCCUUCUCACCAUCAGGACCGCCGUCUCGACGGCCGUGCUGCUGGAGCCCCGCAUGGGGGCCUCCCUUCUCCGCCUCCACUUCCACGACUGUUUCGUGCAGGGUUGCGACGCGUCGGUGCUGCUAGACGACACGGCGAGCUUCACCGGCGAGAAGGGGGCGGGGCCGAACGCGGGGUCGCUCCGGGGCUUCGACGUGAUCGACAACAUCAAGAUGCUGCUGGAGCUGCUGUGCCCGCAGACCGUCUCCUGCGCCGACAUCCUCGCCGUCGCCGCCCGCGACUCGGUUGCACAACUGGGAGGACCAUCGUGGGCGGUUCCGCUGGGCAGGAGGGACGCGACCACGGCGAGCGCGUCCCUGGCCAACAGUGACCUCCCUGGGCCUACCAGCAGCCUCAACGGCCUGCUCAACGCUUUCUCCAACAAGGGUUUGAGCAGCACCGACAUGGUUGCCCUCUCAGGUGCCCACACCGUCGGCCGGGCGCAGUGCAAGAACUGCCGGGCCCGGAUCUACAACGACACCGACAUCGACGCCUCCUUCGCGGCGUCGCUGCGGGCCAGCUGUCCCGCGCAGGCCGGCGCCGGCGACGGCGCGCUCGAGCCGCUCGACGGCUCCACGCCGGACGCCUUCGACAACGCCUACUUCGGCAACCUGCUCUCCCAGCGCGGCCUGCUCCACUCCGACCAGGCGCUCUUCGGCGGCGGCGGCGGCGGCGCGACUGACGGCCUGGUCAGCGCCUACGCGUCCAACGCCGGCCAGUGGGGGGCCGACUUCGCGGCGGCCAUGGUCAAGAUGGGCAGCAUCAGCCCGCUCACCGGCACGGACGGCGAGAUCAGGGUCAACUGCCGGAGAGUGAAUUAAUUAUUUAUUACAGCCACGUUGAUUGCAUUUGCUCUUGGGGUAGUGGACUAGCGUGCAUAUUUUGCAAAGAGGCAGAGAAGAAUUGAAAUGGAGCCUAAGCUCAUAUGUAUACAAAUGUUGUUUAUUAUUCCAUAUUAUUUCUUGCAUAUAUAAUAUAUAUAGCAUACAUG